GGGUUUGGCUCCCAUCGCAUGCUUUGCUAUCAAAGCCAUUAGGCAGAUGAAUCUCCUUUCUCCUCCAAUGUCCAAAGUCCCAAAUGUCUUUUCACUUGUUGACCUAACUUGUUCAAGUUCUUAAUCACCAUGACCAAAUCAAAACCAACUCGAACCCACAUGCCCCUUUGACCCUCCCUUUCCCCUUUACUUUCUUGUCCGAAAAAUACACGAAAGAAACUUUUCUAAAAGACAAGCCAAAACCACAUCAUUCGUCUCCUUUUCCUGUCCUUCUCAGGUUAUUCCUGCCCUGACUAAUUCCCUAAACCCCCUCUUUGAUUUCUCUCUUUCUUGACUAAUCUUCAAAACCCUAAAAAAGAGAAACUGCUUUAGUUCCUUGCAUGAUCAUGUCUUCACUAUUUUCUUGUAAAGAUCAAGACUUUUCAAGAACCCUUGACUCUCUUCACAGAAAGCUAACAUUUUAGGGUUUAUUUUCGGAUUCCAAACAUAACCCAUUUUUCUGCAUACAAUGUCUGAUGAUAUGCUAAUGCAUUUCUCUUCAAACUCUUCAAACCAAUCGGACCAGUCUUUGCCUACUAAAAUCGCUAAACUUGAAGCUCGUAUGGCUGGCAAAGUGUCUUCUGUCUAUCCUGCCCCCCCUGUUCAGCUCCAGCAGCAACAACAGAAACAGCCCAUUUGGUGUUCUGUUUCUCCGGGUCCGAGAUUUGGGCCUCCUGAGGAAUUGGCAGAGUCUAGUGAUUCUGACGAUGAUAAUGGAGGGGGAUUUCUUAUACAAGCAAACACUCAAAAGCGCUGGAGAUUACAAGAAAAUGAUAAUUCAGCUGUCUUUGAACAUCUUGAGACACAGACAGUGAAUGAUGGAAAGCAAAAGAUUGGGGAAACUGUAGAGACCAAGGUCAGUACCGAUGCAAAUAGGAGAAAACAAGGUCGUGGAAGGGGGCAUUCUAAUUCUAGUAGAGGUCGUGGUGUGAGAGCUAAUGAUCAGAUGAGAUCACAAAGUUCUGUUUCAGCAGCCUUGCCUUCAAAUGGUCAGCUUGAGAAUUCAUGUCACAAGGAGGAGCUCACAUCUUUACAUGCUAAAGUUGCUGCACUAGAGGAUGAUCUACGUAAAUCGUGUCAAGAGGCCUCUAAUAAUCAUGAUCUCUGCCACCAGUUAGAAAAGGAAUUGAAGGAACUUAAAGAUCUUGAACAACAAAUGAAGCCAAAGAGGUCCAAAAUCAUAUUGGAUUUGUUGAUAUCUGUUUCCAAAGCAGAGAGACAAGAAGCAAGGAUGAAAGUUCGCCAAGAUUCUUUAAGACUUGGCAGUGUGGGUGUUAUCAGAGCUGGAACUAUCAUAUCCGAGACGUGGGAGGAUGGGCAAAUGCUGAAAGAUCUAAAUAUCCAUCUUAGACAGUUAUUAGAAACCAAGGAGGCUGUUGAGCGGCAGCGGAAAUCAUUGAAGAAGCGACAAUCUGACAAAGGUGAUGGUACAGAUGCAGAAUUAGGAGCACAAGAAGAAGAUUUUCUCAUCCAGGAUGAGAUUUUUAAAUCUCGUCUAGUGAGCAUCAAGCGUGAGGAAGAGACAAUUUUGCGUGAGAGAGACCGCUAUGAACUGGAAAAGGGACGGCUUAUACGUGAAUUGAAAAGGAUACGAGACGAGGAUGGUUCACGUUUUAAUAAUUUUCAGAUUUUAAAUCACCGAUAUGCCCUUUUAAACCUUCUUGGGAAAGGAGGAUUUAGUGAGGUUUACAAGGCUUAUGAUUUGGUGGAGCAUAGAUAUGUUGCAUGUAAGCUACAUGGUCUGAAUGUUCAAUGGAGUGAGGAUAAGAAGCAAAGUUACAUUCGGCACGCACUGCGAGAGUACAAUAUUCACAAGACCUUGGUGCAUAAUCACAUCGUUCAGCUUUGGGACAUUUUUGAAAUUGACCAGAAUACAUUCUGCACAAUCUUAGAGUACUGUAGUGGUAUGACAUUAAACUCCUUGACAACUUUCAGGGGCAUCCAAACAUUUGGAUUAUGGAAUUUGCCUCUAACACUCGGGUUUUUUUUCCUGUCAUUUACCCAUUUUCUAAUCUCAGGUAAAGAUCUUGAUGCUGUUCUUAAAGCUACACCUGUAUUACCUGAGAGGGAAGCUAGGAUUAUUAUUGUCCAGAUAUUUCAAGGCCUUGUAUACUUGAAUAAGAGAGCACAGAAGAUUAUCCAUUAUGAUCUGAAGCCUGGGAACGUUCUUUUUGAUGAAUUCGGUAUUGCAAAAGUUACUGAUUUUGGUCUUAGCAAGAUAGUGGAGGAAGAUGUUGGAUCCCAGGGAAUGGAACUUACAUCUCAGGGAGCUGGAACUUAUUGGUAUUUGCCACCAGAAUGCUUUGAGCUCAGCAAGACCCCUUUAAUAUCAUCAAAGGUUGAUGUCUGGUCAGCUGGAGUUCUGUUUUACCAAAUGCUCUUUGGCAGACGCCCUUUUGGGCAUGACCAAACUCAAGAACGAAUACUACGUGAAGAUACAAUUAUCAAAGCUCGCAGGGUUGAAUUCCCUACAAAGCCUACUAUUUCAAAUGAGGCGAAGGAUUUGAUUCGUCAAUGUCUGACGUAUAACCAAGCAGAGAGACCAGAUGUUUUGACCAUUGCUCAAGAUCCAUAUCUUACAUACUUGAAGAAGUAAGAGUGUACGAAGUCAAGGAUUAAAGAUUUAGAGAGAGCAGGGCGAGCGGUGGUGAGUUUUCUUUGGCCAAGCAGGAAAGAAAUUUAUUGCAGUGUCAACUUGGAGUUUUGUAUAGGUUGUAAAGGUUUGUUUUCCCAUUCUUUCUCAAUGUAAUUCAUUGAAAUGUAUCCAAAUAUGUUUUUCAUGUUUUUUUUUAAUUUGUUUUGUCAACACGUCAAAAUCAUUAAAAAGUAUCAAUUCAAUACUUUUUCAUG